AUACCUCAAUAUACAAAUACAGUAUAUGGACUAUCAAACACUUUCGAUUCUUGAUUUGCUUUUUAUGAAGUUAAAAUGAAAAUAUUGUGAUUGAUUCAAGUUAAUGAUUACAUAUCUAAUAUACAUAGGCUAAAUUGAUUUCAUUGAGCUUAAAGGAAAUACAUGGAUGAUUUUCAGAAAUUUCACAAAAGAAGACAUAAGAGAAGGGGUCAACACGACAAAAUAGACAGCAUUAUUUCAAUUGCAACCUACAGAGAUCUUCUAAGAAACCAAGAGAGAGAUGGACUAAGCAACACUCCCAGGAUAUAGAUCUGGAUUAUACAAUGGAUGCUAUUCAGAGAAACCUCGAAUAUUUCCAAUCUCUUAGGAAAAAUAGGGAGGAAUUCAUUAAUGAUGUUACUGAAAAAAGUGAUGAUUUGAAAAAAUAUAGUCGCGACCAAUUUGACUAUUCUCUGAAUAACAAUGACCCAAGCAAAGUAAUACAAUGUUUUAGAAAAUCCUCGUUACAGGAUAUAUACAAUGAAAAAACAAAUGGGCCGAGUAAAUCGGGUAGUCCCAUUCACAACUCUAGGGCUAAGAUUAUGAACAGUAUUAGGACACGUCCUCGCACUGGGGCAAAAUACAGCACACAUGAACGCUCGUCCCGUUAUUCCGGAAUUACAAAUACUAUAAACAAUAGCAAUGCAGAGUAUACAGUGAUUAAGUCAAUACCUAUACCUGGGAUGACAAAACCAGAUUUCAUUUUGAUACCAACAGCUAACAGCCUUGAAGAAAAAGCCCCAUUCUAUGAUCCAGCCAUCUUGAACUUGGAUAAGAUGAGUCUGAGCCAAGGUGGGACUCGUCCAAAUACAAACUAUUCAGCAAGAACUGGUCUCAUAUCCCGUCAGUCAGUCCCAAGGAUAAUGUUACAGACUGGUAGCCCCAUCCCGGAUAGUCCAGCACCCUCCCCUGAGCCCCCCAAAGAUGCUAAGGGAAAAUCAGCCUCUAAGAAAGCAGCUGAUUCAAACAGUAAAAAUAACAAGGUGAAGAAAAAGCCCAAAUGUUGGGUGGAUACAGCGACAAUAUCAGACAUCAUAGAUGAAAAUAGCAAGGGAAGGAGCAAAAACCAAAAUUCAAAAAAUGCAAAAAAGAAGAAGAAAAUGGAGGAAGAAAUGCUAAUUGUGACAUUAGAUGAUAUCCAAGAUGAGGAGCUGCCAUUACCGGACUAUAUUUGCCCAAGUUCUGCUGAUAAAUCAAAAGAGGCCGCAAUCAGAAAUUGGUUAAAAGAGACUAAAUUUACUACUGCUAAUAAAACAUUACCAUUGUUAUAGUAAUAGAUAGUCAGCACUGGCGGAUCCAGAAGUUAACAAGGGGAGGCCCAUUUUUUGAUAAUCUGUCUUAAAAAGGCCAAGUUAUGACCAAAAAGGCCUAUUUUUGAGCCCCUAUAAAAUUUUUGUUUGAGCCCAAAAUUUUUUGGAUUUGCCAGUGGUCAGUUAGGGGGACAAAGGGAGGGGGAAAGAAUUUCAUUCAUAUUGCUAGUCACAAUUUGAAGCAUUAAUUUUGAACUUAUUUUUCU